AUGGUCGACCGUGGCAGCGCCCCAUACCACGGCAAGGUCAUGGUUAUACCCCGAGCUGCUCUACUAACAUCUACAACAAAGACGACCACUACAGCAACAGCCUCCGCAACAACAGCUACUCUUGCUCUCGCAACACUCACAACAAAUACCAGCACGACAACGACAACCUCAGCUGUAACAACCACGGUAUCAUCAGCGACUAACGCAAAGUCUAUUAUGUGCACGACACUAAAAACAUCUAUUGCUGAGCAACCCAACAACUCAAACAAAAGCCAAACACCCAAGCGUUUGCGCAGUUCUCCAGAAAAAGCAGAAAUAAAUGCAAGCAAGAAAACAGGGAAAUUGUCCUCAAAACAACAACAGCUCACAUAUUGGCUGAGUAAACCACCGUCAGAGAAUAGAUUUGAUAUACUGGACCAAGAGAACGAAUUAGAAGAGAACGAACUAGAAGAGAAUGAAACAGAAGAGACGCAAACUCUUAAUUCAAUAACAACAAAGCCCAAAUAUGUACCAAAGCAACCACCGAUCUACGUACAAAAAGUCCAAGUAUUAGGCACUCUUAUCAAAGCUCUUAAUGAAUGUAUACAAAAUAACUAUGAACUAAAAGUACUUAAGAACAAUGAAACAAAGAUACAAACGAAGGAAUCAACGCAUUAUUCAGCAACAAUAAAACUACUUAAAGAACGAAAUACUCAAUACUAUACAUUCCGACCAAAGGAAGAAAAAGGGUUUAAAGUAAUUCUGCGCAAUAUGCAUCAUUCUACAGACAUAAAUGACAUUAAAUCUGAACUCACUGAAUACGGUCAUGAUGUAACAAAUAUUUUUAACAUCCUCAAAAGCGACUCAAAGCAACCUAUACCUUUAUUCCCACUGGAAAUCAAAACAAAUAGUAACAGCAAAGAUAUAUAUAUACAAUAUAACAAAUCUAUUGCAUUGUAA